UGUCAGUCAUUCUUAUACGUACUUGGCCACACCUACUUGGGCCCGGCCUGUCAAUCAAGACGCGCACGCACUACUGCAGGUGCAAAGCUGUGCAGGCUCCGGGGCUAACUAACUACUGCAGCGAAGCCGAUAAUAAAACAAGCAUUUCGAGAUGGCGUCUGCAAAUGCCACAUAUGGACAAAAGGAGUCCUCGGACCAGAACUUUGACUACAUGUUUAAAAUCCUCAUCAUCGGCAACAGCAGCGUAGGCAAGACGUCCUUCCUCUUCCGCUAUGCAGACGACUCGUUCACGCCAGCGUUUGUCAGCACGGUGGGCAUCGACUUCAAGGUCAAGACCAUCUACAGGAACGACAAGAGGAUAAAGCUGCAGAUCUGGGAUACGGCUGGCCAGGAGCGCUACAGGACCAUCACUACAGCCUAUUACAGAGGUGCCAUGGGCUUCAUCCUCAUGUAUGACAUCACCAAUGAGGAGUCCUUUAAUGCCGUGCAAGACUGGUCCACUCAGAUCAAGACCUACUCAUGGGACAAUGCUCAGGUGCUCCUGGUGGGGAACAAGGUCGAUAUGGAAGAUGAACGGGUGGUGGCCACAGAGAGGGGCCGCCAACUGUCAGAACAGCUUGGUAAGUUGUGGCGGCUAUUUUUACUUUUCACAAAUGAAUUAAGGUCGAAUUGAAUCAUUCAUUCUCUAUGAAGUCCCGGUUGAAG